GCCAGGGGGCACUGUCCGACGCGUCGCGCUGCGCUGUGCCGCUCCGGCGCUGGCACCGGCGCUGCUCGGGAGCUGCUGUUCCGCGCUGCACGUGCGCGGGGAGGGGAGGCUCAGUGCCGUCAGUCGCCGCCAUGCCCAAGGUGCGGGCCAGGAAACUGCCGCGGCAGGAGAACCGGGAAGUCCGCGCCACCGGCAUCCUCUUCAACAAAGGGGCCGGCCAGCACAUCCUGAAGAACCCUCUCGUCGUCAACAGCAUCAUCGAGAAGGCUGCCCUGCGGCGUACAGAUGUCAUUCUGGAAGUAGGCCCAGGAACUGGCAACCUGACAGUGAAGAUGUUAGAGAAAGUAAAAAAAGUUAUUGCUUGUGAAAUUGACCCUAGACUUGUUGGUGAACUUCAGAAGAGAGUCCAGGGCACGUGUCUGGCAAACAAGCUUGAAAUCAAGGUUGGAGAUAUCUUGAAAACAGACUUACCAUUCUUUGAUGCCUGCGUGGCUAACUUGCCUUACCAGAUUUCAUCACCUUUUGUUUUCAAGUUGUUGCUUCAUAGACCUUUUUUCAGGUGUGCAAUACUUAUGUUUCAAAGGGAAUUCGCACUCCGCUUGGUUGCAAAACCAGGAACUAAACUCUACUGCAGACUUUCUAUUAAUACGCAGUUAUUAGCUCGAGUGGACCAUCUGAUGAAGGUUGGAAAGAACAACUUCAGGCCUCCUCCCAAAGUUGAAUCCAGUGUUGUCAGAAUAGAGCCAAAGAACCCACCACCACCUAUCAACUUCCAGGAAUGGGAUGGUCUGGUAAGGAUAGCCUUUGUUAGGAAAAACAAGACACUUGCUGCAGCAUUUAAGUCAAGUGCUGUAGAGCAGUUGCUGGAUCAUAAUUACCGAAUUCAUUGUUCCUUACAUAAUACAGAAAUACCAGAAAACUUCAAAAUUGCAGAGAAAAUACAGACAGUCCUGAAAAAUACAGGUUACUCUGAAAAGCGAGCCCGCUCAAUGGAUAUAGAUGAUUUCAUUAGACUGUUGCACGGCUUCAAUUCAGAAGGCAUCCAUUUCUCCUAGACUCUACUAGAAGAAUGAUAAAUGCUCUGUAUUUUGUCACCCAAAGUGUUAUCUAAGUGACUGCAGUAGGACAAGCUCUUCUCACAAGGACAAUGAACAGAAGACAGCACUAAUACCUUGCAUGCAGGCAAGAAGCGGCUGCUCUGUAUUUCACAAGUGACAAGUUCUGUCAUGACUGAAGAGAGUGCUGGACUUCACAUGACAUUGUAUUUUGAAGUACAUCAAGUAACAUGGAUUGAUGCAGUCAUAAUUUACUUGUCUUCUCUGAUCAUGGACCACCUCAGUAUAUAUUCUUGCACAAUAGUCAAGAUGGUCUGGGCAACAAAAACAGUUGUAAUUCCAUGUGUUGGGGAUAUUUUUGUUUUACACGGUCUUGUUAACCUGAAGUGCCUGCUUCUUCCAUUUGUCCUGCCCUGUUUGCAUUCCAGAUCUCUCUGUAAUCUGCUUUUCUUGCAGAAAUCCUAGCAACUGUGUUUAAGAACAUUUAUCUUGGGGGUUUGCUAGCAUUUACAAAACCAAAGUACCUGAAACCACCGGUAUCAUCUCGUUACUCUCUGCUUAUCAGACCAGUGUAGAAAGCAGCAGAAAACUACACAAGGGCCAGUGCUCAGAAGCACACAGCAGGAUCUUUUGUCAAUUGUUACUGUAAGCAGCUGUUUUCAUAGGAAAAUUACUUCAUUCUUCUUGGCAAAGAAGAGUUGCAGCAUAGAUCAAAGCUUUCAGUGAGCAUUAGAGAAUGCAUAUCUGUAUCCUGACAGAAAAACUUACUGAAGUGUCUUGCUACAGUUUGGAUUAGAUAUGUUUCUUAGUAAGGACAAGGCAGAGUUUUCCCAACAUUUGCGUUAACUCUGCAUGGCAGCUGCUGAAAUUAAAAAACACUUUGAUCUGUCUUAAAAUUCAGGAAAGGAAUAGUCUCUGGCCUUGUGCAGUGGUAAAGGCAGCACUUCUGUGUAUUAGCUAUCAGAGUCUGUGGGGAACUUCUAUAUAACUGUAUACAGAAGAGUUAGCUCCAGAAGUACAUAAGAAAUGGUAUCACAGAACCACAAAAUGUUAGAGGCUGGAAGGCACCUCCGGAGAUCAAGUCCAACGCCCCUGUCAAAAGCAGCAUCAGUAGUCCAAACAGGAACGUGUCCAGGCCAGAGGAGGAGGCUCCACAACCCCUCUGGGCAGCCUGCUCCAUCACCCUCACUGUAAAGAAGUUUCUCAUUUUGAGGUUAAAACUUCAAGUUUGUGUUGUCUUAAUACUGUGCACCUGGUUUUAUCCACUUGACACCCAGCCCUCAUAGACAUGCUCAGAUCUCCUCUCAGACUUCCCCAGACUGAACAGUCCCAGGUCUCUUAGGGUCUCUUCACAGGGGAGAUGCUCAGGUCUCCUAGUCAUCCUCAUGGCUCUCCACUGGACUCCAACAGAUCCCUGUCUCUCUUGAACUGCAGAGCCCAAAACUGGACACCACUUAAAAAGUGAAACCCUUCCCAAAGCACAACACAACUUUAAUAGAAGUAAAUUCUCAUCUGUAGUUUAUUUAACAGAUUUAUUAAACACAUUAUGUAAAAUCUA